CCAACUACAUAAGCCACUCCAACCCUUCAUUUUUUCUCACGUCAUUUCUCUCAACACCUUUUCCCCAAUAUUUCUCAUUUCUCACAACCCACUUCAACUCUACUUCUAAAACCCAUUCCCAAAACCUUUCUUUCACCACUCACCAUAACUUCCAUUCAUCAUCAUGUGUGGCGGUGCCAUCAUCGCUGACUUCAUACCCCGCCGUGGCCGUUCUCUCGCCGCCUCCGAACUCUGGCCAAACUCCUUCGGAAAGGACGAUGAUUUCGGCUUCGGUUACUCCCAAGUCGCUAACCAACAACCUUCCACUGUCAAAACGGCUCAACCUCCCAAAGUUAGCGAGAAAGUUGACACUAAGCCAGUGAAAAGGCAGAGGAAGAAUCUCUACAGAGGGAUUCGGCAGCGCCCUUGGGGCAAAUGGGCUGCGGAGAUUCGCGAUCCUAGAAAAGGGGUUCGUGUCUGGCUGGGUACCUUCAACACUGCGGAAGAAGCUGCAAGGGCCUAUGAUCGUGAAGCUCGAAAAAUCCGCGGCAAAAAAGCUAAGGUGAAUUUCCCUAACGAGGACGAUGAAUAUUCCAUUCAAGCUCGUAAUCCAAUUCCACCCCUUCCUUUCGCAACCCAAAAACCAACUCCGUAUCAGCAACAGUACCGUUGUGAUCUCAAUAAUGCCCCCACAGAUCUCAACUUCGAGUUUGGUUAUGACCUGAACCACACUGGGGCAUUUUCAUCCCACGUGGACUCUGUCAACGCUGAGUCGGUUGUCGCUUCCGGCGACGAAAAUUCAGGGUUAGCGUCCGGUUCAGAGGGCGCUCAUUCGACAAACGAGUUCAUGGGGUGUAGUGAGAAAGUGAACGGUUAUUUCAACGGCACGGUGAUUGAGAAGGAGAAAGAGAUAGAGGUGAUUGAAGCUGAAGAGGAAAAGAACAAAUUGCAGGAGCUUUCAGAGGAACUUAUGGCUUAUGAGAAUUACAUGAAGUUUUAUCAGAUUCCGUACUAUGAUGGACAAUCUAUGCCACCGAAUAAUGUUCAGGAAAGUGUUGUCGGGGAUCUCUGGAGUUUCGAUUGACGAGGAGUCAAUUAGUGUUUGUCUCUUCAUCAAUACAGUCAAAGAUUUCUUCUCGUUCUGCUGACUAAACUAACAUCUCUGCGUUUUGGCAGGGAUGGGACUGAAAUGUAAAUUGGGCGCUUCGUUGGUAGUGGUCUUCAUGAGUUUCCAACUUCUUUUCACCAUCUUAUUAUUAAUUUAUUGUUUCUAGAAUUUAUUUGUCUUCUAGUUUUGUUGAAUUGUAAUUUUGCUUGUUCAAAUGUGAUUUCACCGGUUAAAUUUCAAAGUCUUUGAAUUUCUAUCA